GAGUAGUGAGUUCUUGAACAAUUUUACUUUAAAAAUGUUACCAACUAAUUUGUUGUACAGCUUUUAUUGGUCACGAAUGUUCAAUGUGAUAAUGCAAAACUAUCUCCUGUCCACCACUACUUGCAUCAUUUGGCCAGAGAAUGAGGAUUUCUCCAUCAGCUGGCAGCAGGACAAACCGCCAGAUGCCGCAAUCAUAAGUAUACGACUGCAUGAUUUGGCGCAAUCUUUCUCCAAAGACGUUGUGGAUUUUGCCGCCAAGCGUGAGGAGCUGCUUAAUGAUUAUGUGGUUUUGAAUCCUUUCGUGGAGAAGUUGACUUUAUCAAUAGAGAAAUCACAUUGUCAAAACUUUAUAGCCUUUCAAAUGGAUAUACCAAUUUUCAUUGAUGCCGUCAUAAAUGCGAGUCGUUUCUCAAUUUGGCGUUCGUCAAAUAAUAAAUUUCUAUUUGUCUACAAUAAAGACGAUUUGCAGCAGCAACUUUUCGAAAAUCGUUUCUUCGAAGACCAAUCUGCCAUACUUCUAAUUGAAAGAUCCAUUACCAAUCCGGCAGUUUUCGAUUUGAAAACCAAUAAGUUUGUCGGUCCACGUGCUGAUAACCCGAAACAGUUGUAUCUGCUCGACACUUUUAAUGCUGAAACGAAUACGUUUCUUCAUGGCAAUGAUCUCUUUCCGGGUAAACUCUCCGAUUUACAGGGACGUGAAGUGAUUUUGGCAGCUUUCGACUAUAGACCGGAUGUGGUUUUGAAAUAUUAUCCUGGCGCUCCAUCACGUGACAGAGCUUUUGCAGCCAAUGAUACUAGCGGCGAUGUUGAACUUGACGGUACCGAAGAGCGGAUUCUAAAAACAUUUUGCGAAAAGCAUAACUGUUCAGUAGAUAUUGAUACUUCUGAGGCCGAUGAUUGGGGCAUUGCUUACAGAAAUAUGACCGGAGAGGCCGCUUUGGGUAUGAUAGCCCGGGGCAAGGCAGAGGUGGGCAUGAGUGCCAUGUACACUUGGUACGCGGAUUACGUAGCACUGGAUAUGUCGAUGUAUAUUGGUCGUUCGGGUAUAACCUGUGUGGUGCCGGCACCAAAACGCUUGGCCAGCUGGUUGCUACCAAUUGAACCCUUUCAACCCGCACUUUGGGCUUUCGUAUUCGUUUGCUUAUGCGUGGAAAUCAUAGCCUUGCUCUUUAUAGAUCACGCUCGUCCGAUAAUUAUAGCGCUGAGUGAGAGGAUGCAUGCUUCAGAGGAGCAGCAAAAUAGCUGGGUUCGCAAUUUUCAAUAUGCAUUCACGACAACUAUGUUGUUGUUCGUUUCACAAUCGAAUAAGGGCACAAUGGUGAAUUUCACGCCACUGAGGGUAAUGCUUUUCGCCAGCUUCUUGAAUGACAUCGUUAUCACGAGUAUUUAUGGCGGUGGACUGUCAAGCAUACUCACUGUGCCGAGCUUCGGACAAGCCGCCGAUUCGGUGGAACGACUGUAUGCUUUCCAACUCAAAUGGGGCGCAGAUUCCGAGGCUUGGGUGGCCGCCAUACGUGAUGAUGAGAGUGAAAUCAUGAAGGGUUUGCUGCGCAAUUUCGAUAUCUACAGCGCCGAACAGUUGAUGGAGUUGGCGCAGACAGAAGAGAUGGGUUUCACUAUUGAACGUCUGCCAUUCGGUCAUUUUGCCGUGCAGGAACACUUGACGCGCAGCGUUCUAGGCAAAAUGAAAAUCAUGGUAGAGGAUAUUUAUUUCCAAUACACUGUCGCAUUUACAGCGCGCAUGUGGCCCAUGUUGGAGGGUUUCAAUGAGAUGGUCGUCAUGUGGCAUUCGUCGGGUUUGGACAAAUUUUGGGAGUGGCGAAUUGUGGCCGACAAUUUGGAUGGCGCUAUACAGAAGGAGUUGAUGGCUUCGCAGUAUUCGAAUUUGGAUGAUAUCGGACCGGUUAAAUUGGGCAUGUCGAAUUUUGUGGGCAUGUUGUUGCUGUGGUUGUUGGGUAUAACUUGCGCUUUUUUGGCUUUCUUGGCUGAAUUGCUAAUGGAUCACAUGAAGCGUUCCAAGAAAAUGGAAGAAUUUGAGGUGAUCGAAAUAGGCUAGGGAAGUGUUUGAGAAACUGUUUCUACAUUUCAAGGAACAGAAAAAACUGUUAACUAGCCACAUUUUCCCUCAGAAAAAGCUUAGAAAAUCUUUUAAUUUUCAACACACGCCUUCCUUCAUAUUUUCCUUCCUCUAUUUUGUUUAUAGUUUCAUUCACAAAUUUACACUGCGGUCAUUUAGCGUGCACCAAAUUAAGCAACGGUUCAUUAUACCAUGACUAUAAUUAAAUUAAGACCGAAGAGUAAAGCCAAAUGGUUCACUAAGCUACAAGCCAGAAAUGAACUACGUGUGCGGCUAUAAAUCAUGUUGAAAUUUUUGUCAACCGCUGUUUUGUAGGCUAUGACGGACAGAGCGCAGUUUUGAGGCGUUUGUGGUACAUUUGAAGACACUCUUGCUAUUGUUUUUGUCUUGGGAUGUUAUAAGUAUAAAUGGAAAGAAAGUUCUUCAUACUUUUAGUUGCAAAUUGAUUUAUGAAUUCACAAAGCGAAAGUUAAAAGAGAUGAUGGUUAAGUAUUCAAGAUAUGAUAUUAUGCGCCGACGGCCUAGAAGAAGUUAAAGUAAUUAAAUUUGGCGUUGUUGUUUUGUUUGGAUCCAAUCUUCACACUUUUGUUUUAAUAAUAAAAGUGGAAUUAGUCCAAAGGGUUGUUAAUAUAAUUUCGUGUACUGAUUCUUCGUAUAUUUCGUUACUGAUGACUUAAAAUAUCUGUAAGGUUCUGUCUUUGGGCUUCAUAUACCUGGUUUUCUAGAUCAUAAUUCUAAUACAGAGUUAUGUAGAAACAACCGAAUUCGGAUGUUUUGUUUAUAAAUCUUUGGAGCAUCUUUAGUAAGAACACAACUUGAGAUUAUUUAUUGAACAAACCAUGAAGCGAACCAUGGUGUGUGUCCUCAUUAGGCUUUUGGUUUGAUUCUAUGUUGGAUCAAGAACGUCUCAGCCCUUUAAAGAUACUGUGACUUCUGUUUGUACCCCAUGAAAAAACAAGGAUUAUUCAAACUAAUAUGAAAAUGAUUUGUAUACGACAAUUUCGCUAAUAAAGUCCUCAUUAACUACAAACGAUCCUUGUAGUAUGUAGUCCAAGACAAUUUAUACUUUUCUUCAGACAAUUAAGGCUGGUUACUAAGGUACCAAAUGUGGAGUUUUCACAGAAGAAAGGUUUUGCAUUGCGAAUAUUUUGAAAUUUGAAACAAACUAUAGUUGUAUAUAUGGAAGUAGAGAGGGGAAAUGUGGAAGUUCUUAGAGACUCGAAAAGUGAGAUCGAAGAAUUGACGAGAAUUGACAAAAGAGAGACGCCGAAAUUCAAGAAAAAAGUUUCUGGAACUGCUUGGCAAAGUUACAAGCUUUAAGACUCAGUUAUUUUUGGCAGGACAAUUCAGUUUAUCGUGAAAAGGAUGAAGAAUGUUUUAAGAUCGAACCUAGAUGCUUUAUAUAUUAUCGUCAAGUAAGUUUUUUGCACUUUCUCUGCUAUAAGUAUCUUUAAGAGACGACAAGCGACACUCACCAAAUAUGAAUCUUUAUAUUUAUUGUUAUUGUUGUAAUACCUAUACAUAUAUCUACGAUGUUGUAAUAUUUACAAAAUAUGUUCAUACAUGUAGUAAUACCAUGUUAUGUACAAAUCAGCGAUUACGUACGAAAAGUAUUUAAUUAAAAUUCAUAAUCACAAAAAAAAAUAAUUAUAAUAAGCAAUGCAGAAUUGAAAGUGAAAUUCAAGUAUUCAACUCUCGAAAACGUCAACAGCCACAAAUGUUUUCGUAAUACACAUAAACAAUUUGGCGCUUGUUGUUAUUUUUGUUGUUAUGUAUGUACAUAUCAAAUAAGAAGCGCAUGAGUGGCGGCACUUGCUUUGCUAUCAAAGCCAUGUACGAGUACAAUAACAACAUCUCAAAGUUUUUUUUUUCUUUUGCUCACAAAAUAAUUUCAUAUUAUUAUUAGAAAUAACGUCAGAUGGCAUUUGCUGUUGCCUUUUCAUUACAAACUAAAUUAUUAAAAUAAUUUUAAUUCGAAUGUUAAACACACACAAACAUACAUACAUACAUAUGCAUGCUGAUAUGGAGUACAUAUGCGCUUGACGCAGUCAAAAGUCACUCAAGCGACUAACUAAGCAACCGACUAAGUGCUUGUGGCUAAUUAAAAAUUCAAUGAGUAGUGGUGCAUAAUUGGCGCGCAAAAGCGACAGUUGUGACGGCGUGACGAAAGUGCCAUUGCACAGGGGCAGGCAUACAUUCGUAUAUAUGUAAGUACUUAUGUGUAAAUUUUUCUUUUAGAAAAAAUAUUUUUUUUUUGUAAUAAUAUUAUCCACAUGUGUGUCUGUAUGCAUGUGUUUGUUUGUUUUCAUUUUUGUGCGCAAACUUUGUAUGGACGUGUGACGCUCGUUUUUGCAGAAGCUUUUAAAGAAAAGCAUGCGACGUGCUGGGCAUAAUAACAACACUUACUUACACAUGUACGAACAUAUUUUAGACAGUUAUUAUAAAUAUUAUGCAAAAGUACAUGCGUGUUUAUAAUAACUCAUAUGAAAUGUGCAUACAAACAUAACUAGUACUCGUGGAGUUACUGAUAUGCAUAUACGAGGGCAUUCGGAUAAAUCGGU